CGUUAUCGCAAUCGCAAAGGAAGUGGAAGGUUCGGUGAACGCCGGUGGAUCGCAGCCGGAUCCCCUUCUUCUUCCUCCGCAGGCUCGCGACGGCCAAAAACCCCAGAGCGAACCAGAGGAGGCAAUUCAAAGCCUCUCGAGCUUCGAAGAGACCUCAUCGCACUUCGCGUCGCCGAUCGUGCAUUACCGAAGAGUACCGAUGAAGCCGCUGCUCCUGCUGCUCCUGUCGGCCCUCGCUUCUAUCCCGGCCCCCGCGUCGCCGGCGACCCCCGAUCCCGAGCCCGGCAGCUUCCCCGAGUGGAAGCUCGUCACCAAGCAGAACUUCUCUUCUGAGAUCAGGCACCACCCUCACAUCCUCCCCCUCGUCACUCUUCCUUGGUCUGGUGAGUCUCGAUCCCUCAUGAAAGAGAUUGCUCAUUCGCUCCAUAAAAGGAAAGACGAACUCGGCUCCUUGAGGCCGAUGUUUAUGUACAAAAAUGUGGAAAAGAUGCUGGCGGAUGCUAUAGGUGCUUCCCAGGAACAGGAAACCACGAUUAUGUAUUAUCACCAUUCUGCAUCUUACAAGUAUCGCGGAAGACUUCGGGCACAGAAUAUAUUGUCGUCACUUCAUCCUUAUUUGACAGUUCCUCCUGAAAAUCUUCCCCUUGAACUUAUCAAAUUUGAACAAGACUUGAAAAGCUUCCUUGAAUCGACAGACAGAGCUUUACUUCUUCUGGAAUUUUGUGGAUGGGCUCCAGAAUUGCUGAUUAGGGCGAGGAAGAAUGGUACUGAACAUGGCUAUGGUUCACAGGGGGAUAUUGUUGAAGUCAAUUACCAUGAAAAGACGGACAGAAUGUCAGCAUUUAUUGGAAACAAGAAGCAGAAGAGUUUGGAAAAUGGUGUCGCACAAUGUGGGAUCCAAAAUGGAUUCUAUGGGAUCCCUUCAUUUGGGGAAUUAAGCUCAGACAAUAAUAAUUCUACUACGGACAGCGCUGAGGACGAGAGGCACGGGGCUGGAGUCUCAUGUAAUUUCGGAGAGUUUCAACAAUUUGAAUCUUUCUUCUCAAAGUUCAUGACAGCUGCAAGAGAGUUUUUACUGCCACCUAAGAGACAUAGAUUUGGUCUGAUUACAAAUAGAUCAUUACUUUUGUCAUUGGGGGUUGGAGAAAUUAAUUCAUGGUCAGCAAUGAUACAUUAUGCUGGAUGUCCCAGUUGCUCAAAGUAUCUCGAGAAAGAGCACGACUUUGAGAGGUUUCUGCAGAUGGAAGAUCCGGCAGUUGCUGAAUUGGAAGAUAACGAGCGUAACUUAGAGCCUGCUUUACCAGCAAAUAAGCCAUCGAUACUUCUUUUUGUGGAUAGGUCAUCGGACUCAUCAGAAACGAGAAUUAAGAGUAAGGAAGCAUUCGAUGCUUUUAGAAAACUGGCGCUGCAGUACCAUAUUCCUGCUCACAUGCGUGAAAAGAAUAAAGAAGAGCUGGGAAAAUUUUCAGUCCAUUCACAUCUGUCAUCAAGAAGCAUGAGUAGGCAGCCUAAAGCACUGGAAAGUACAUCUAGGCAUCCUAAGUUAAAACUAUACCAAUCAUCUCAGAGUGUAAACUUAGGGGAUAAGGUGUCUAUCAUGAUAGUGAAUGACGAAAAGCAUGCAACUUUAGGUAAGAUCACUACUGAUGUGCAAGGAAGUUCUUUGCAUGAAGUUUUGGAAAAUCUUCUUCAGAGAAACAAGGCAGCCAGGUUGAGCUCACUCGCCAAGAAGGCAGGCUUCCAACUUCUGUCUGAUGAUUUUGAGAUUAAAAUAUCAAAUCCAUUGUCGUCUCAGACAGAAAUUGAGCCUAACCAGGCUUCAGUUGAACUUUCCAAGGAAGACCUGGUAAGUCAGAUUGAUCGGGACCAGGAGAAAGUAAUAAAUAUUAUGAGCACAUCAGCUGCAGGACCUGGGGAAAAUAUGAUUCCCACUGGUUCAGAACCUUUGCGUUAUGAUGAAGAGAAGAUAGACACUGCUAAUUCGAGCGAUGAUUUAACAUCUGCUGAGAGUGAGCACAUUUUUACCAAUACUGAACUUGAUAAUCUUGAAGAUAUCAGGGUGGAUGAAAUACAUUUAUCAAAGGUAGAUAAAAUAAGGGGACAGCUGCAGUCACGAGGCUUGGAAGGUUCAUUUUACUUUUUGGAUGGUAAUUACCGGCUGCUGAAGGCCUUGACUGGAGGGUUGAAGGUUCCAUCCUUGGUAAUAAUUGAUCCGAUUUUGCAAUGCCACUAUCUGUUCCCAGAUCAGAUGCAUUUUAGCUACACUCCACUGGCUAACUUCCUAGAUAGGUAUUUGAAUGGUAGUCUUCUCCCGUAUCAGCACUUCGAGUCUCUGAUAACGAUGCCUCGGGAUGCUGCUCGCCCCCCCUUCGUAAAUUUGGAUUUUCAUGAGGCUGAUUCUAUACCACGGAUAGCGGUUAAAACUUUUGUUGAGCUGGUUUUUGGUUUUAAUCACUCUGAGACUGGUAAUGUUGCACCUGCUAGGCGGAAGGAUAUGUUGGUCCUGUUUAGCAAUGGCUGGUGUGGAUUUUGUCAGAGAAUGGAACUAGUUGUUCGUGAAGUACAUCGAGCUUUAAGGAGUUAUAUGAACAUACUGUCUCGUGGAUUUCAAAAUGCUCAAACACAGUUCAGCAUUGGAAGUGCUUCAUCUAUGGAAGACAACAUGGAGGGUAUGGCUCAAAAGCUUCCUCUUGUUUACUUGAUGGAUUGCACAAUGAAUGAUUGCAGUCUUAUUUUCAAAGCAAUGAACCAGAGAGAACUUUACCCAGCUUUGGUGUUGUUUCCAGCAGAAAAUAAAACUUCUGUGUCUUAUGACGGCGAUAUGGCAGUUGCGUCUAUUGUCAAGUUCUUAGCUGACUAUGGAAGUUAUUCUCAUAACCUCAUCAGUGAGAAGGGAAUCCUCUGGACUUCACGGGCAAAAUAUGGCGUGGGUCAAAAUUCUUUCAGCACAACAUCAUCUAAUGUGGUUCACGGGGAAAAUCUCGCAGGAAAGGACCAGUUACAAGACUUUUUGCUGCAAAAUAAGGCAGCAGACAGAACGGUCGAGUACAGUUGGACCAAACUGCCUAAAUCGAAAGGCCCAGAUGGAGCAGCUUCCCGUGUAGUGGUUGGUUCCAUCCUUGUUGCUACUGAGAAACUUCUUGGCAUGCACCCAUUUGAUAACUCCCUGAUUCUCAUUGUGAAAGCGGAUAAAGUCACCGGGUUUCAAGGUCUGAUUAUUAACAAGCCUAUUAGCUGGGAUAUUCUGCAUGAACUGGAAGAAGGGUCUGAGUUUCUUAAGGAGGCACCUCUUUCGCUUGGUGGGCCCCUUGUAAACCGUAGACUGCCUUUAGUCAGUUUAACUCGAGCCAAUAAGAACCAGUACCUGGAAAUCCUACCAGGGAUGCGCUUCGUCGACCAGUUGGAGACGAUUAGAGAGAUUGAUGAACUCAAGGCAGGAAAUGGAUCUGUCGCUGAUUAUUGGUUUUUCUUGGGGUGUGCCAGCUGGGGUUGGGACCAGCUAUUCGAUGAAAUUGACAAAGGAGCUUGGAACGUCAACCAUGACGCAAUGAAGGAAGUUACUUGGCCGAGACCAUGAUCUCGUUUGUUUUGUCGUGCCAUCCGGUUAGAAAUCCUUUCUGUCGGGAUAACUUUGGAAAGCUCGUUAUAGGAAUUUUGAAAGAGCGUCUGAAAGAUGGAUGCGUCUUGUCCUAGUUGUAUUUCAUUAUACGUCCCCCAUAGAGAUGUUGAGAUCACAUUCAGGUAUCCCUUUCAGAUGUUUAGUUUCAUUCAAAUUGUCGGUUUAAACGUACAUAUAGCAUUCUGCUUGAGGUAUUUUUUCCUCUUUUCUUUGGUUUUUUUAA